UGAGUCACCCCAGGGGCAGAAUCGAAAGUGAUCUCUGCUCUGGCCAGAGCCUCUGCACGCAGGGUGAGCCCCGCGCGGUAGGAGGGACUGGAUGGGGAGGGGAGGGGGCGGCUGUGCCCUGCAGCCUGGGAAGCUUGGGGACCCACAAAGGCCCAUGUGCAGGCGUGCUGGGUGAGCUGCCCUGGAGGGGUCCCAGCAUCCCAGCGCCCCCGGCCCCACAGCAGUGCAGCCCAAACUCCCUUGUCUCCUGGCUGGCUCCAGCUGCCUGGCUGUGCAGACUUUCUCUGGACUCCGAAGUUCCCACUUGGGGUGCAGAUGUCUCACCGUGGGCUGUGGUCCCAGUGGACCAGCUGAGCCCAGGAGUCUUGAACACCACCCUGAACAGCCUGGCCAGUAUCAGAAAUGGCGUCCGUGGGGUGUGGCAUGUCACCCACCAGCCCCUUGGCCACCAGAGGGCUGCCUCUGGCCACGCUCUUUAGCCAAAUAGACCUCUGUCUGGGCUGUCCCCGCUGCACCCAGCGCCUCAAUGAGAGCACCUAUGUCCUGCACAAGGUGGCACACAGAUGCUCCUGUGAGAUCCUUCUGGCUCGCUUUAAGCAAGCUGCCAAGAGAAAGGUCUGGCGAGAGGUGGGCCACCGGCCCCGCUUCCCAAGGCCGUGGCGAUAUAAAGUGUGUCGCUACUACAGCCCUGGGCUGGGCUGCCAGUACCACCGAAAUAGGUGCACCUUUGCCCGAAGCCCUGAGGAGGCUCUGGUUUGGACCUUUGAACGCAAGCACAGCCUCUCCCGCCUGUGGCUGAAGGCUGCAGUGCGGGGCGAUGAGCCCCAGCGUGGGCUAUCUGAGGCUGCUGACACCAUCCUUGCGGAGUUUGGUGGCCACUUUCAGCUGCUCUGUGCCCACUGCUUCAGGGACUGCCCGCAGCGUCUUCGCCCUGUGGACCCCCAGGGACAGUGCCCUGGGCACGGAACUUGCCCUGCACUCCUGGUACAUGUCAGCACCAAGGGCCACAAGCGCCAGUUCACCGAAGUGCGGCCAAAGCCCCAGAAUGGCCGUCCGCUGCGCUAUUGCAUGUUUGUGGAGCGUGGGCAACCGUGCCGCCACGGGGCAGCCCGCUGCCAGUUUGCACACAGCGCUGUGGAGAUGGCUGUGUGGGAGGCUGAGCAGUUGGGUGGGCUCCAGCGAGAGGCCCUGCGUGCAUUGCCUACCCUCGGGAAAGACAAGCACACAGCUCCCCACAGCCGGUCCCGCCAGGGCAGCCAGCCCUCUGAGGUAGAGCUGUACUGCUACACCUGCCUGGUUACCUACCGUUCUCAGGAGGCCUUUGAGAACCAUUGUGCCUCCCUAGAGCAUGCACAGAUGGUGGCCUUUGACCAGGCUGUGCCCUGGGAGCACCGCGCCCCACCCAUGGGGCUCUCCAAAUUUGAGCUCUGCCCAAGGCCUGACCUCUGUGAGUACGGGGACGUCUGCACUCAGGCACACUCAGAACAGGAACUGCAGGAGUGGGUCCGGCGGGCACACGCCAUGGAGCUGCGGGAGCAGGCAGCCUGGCAGGAUGGGCUGGUGUCGUAUCAGGAUCGGUUGCUGGCUGAUCAACGUGGCAGUGAGGUCCCGGUGAUGGCUGAGACUGUCCACGGCGUGUCUGUCACCUGCCAUCAGCCCCUCGUACAUCGGGCCCAGGAGAAGAAGAUCCAGCAUAGCUGGGCGUUCUGUGUCCACUCUGAGGACCCUCUGCUACAUGUGGCCUUGCUUAAGCAGGAGCCUGGAGCAGUCUUCUCCCUGGUGGCACCCUGCCUCCCACCAGGCCGGCUCUACGCGAGCGGGGAGCGCUUCCGUGUGCCCAGCUCCCGAGCAGAGUUCCAGGUGGGGGUGCGAGUGCAGACCACCUCCUUCGGCACCUUCGAGCAAUGGGUGGUCUUUGACUUUGGUCGUCGGCCGGUGCUGCUUCGGAAGCUGGGGCUGCAGCUGGGCCAGGCACACUGCUCAGAGCUCUGCCGGAGGCCAGCACCUGGCCGCCCUGAGGAGCUGGAGCGCUGGCACCCUGGCAACCGCCACGUGGUGCCUUGUGUGGAGCAGCCAGCUGAGCAGGCAGCCCUGAUGGCCAAGUACAAGGUGCCCACCCUGGCCCUGGUCAGUCACUGCAGCCCGGCCUCGGAGCCCAUCUCUCCCGCCAACUAUCGGCAGAUCAUGCACCACUUUCUCUACGAGGAGGAGGCUGCUCGGCAGCAGCUCGUGGCCAAGCUGAGCCUGCGGGGCCGUGUGUCCCUGAAGACUUCACUACAGACGCCGGCGCUUGGCAUGCUCUUUGCACCCCCAGGAGCCCUCUAUGCUGAGGUCCUUGUCCCCUCUUCUCUGAUGCCAGACACGGACCAGGGUUUUCUUCUGAGCCGGGAGGUCAGCACAGCCCUGGUGGCCCCUGUGCCUGCACCUGACAACACUGUGUUUGAGGUGCGGCUGGAGAAGCGAGCCAUCACCGAGCAGGCGUUGUGGCUGCUUCUGCCUAAGCAGUGCUGUGUGGCCCUGGGGCUGCAGGCUGAGGGCAGCCUCACCUUGGAAGUGCAGUUCCAGAUUGACCCACUCAACUUCAGGUUCUGGCAUCAGGCAGUAGAUGCGUUGCCCGAGGAGCGCCUGGUGGUGCCUGACCUGCCCACCUGUGCCCUGCCCUGUCCUCGUCCCAUCGCACCCUUGUUACGUGGUAACCACAAGCAGAAGCUGGCCAUGGGGCUCAUUGCAGGCAGCAGCACGGGAAGCACGAAGCCUGUCCCCCCGUUGCUCAUCUAUGGCCCCUUUGGCACUGGCAAGACCUACACUCUGGCCAUGGCCACCCUGGAGGUUGUUCGGCAGCCUCACACCAGGGUGCUCAUCUGCACACACACCAACAGUGCUGCCGACAUCUACAUCCGGGAGUAUUUCCAUGGCUAUGUCAGCAAGGGCCACCCUGAGGCAGCUCCUCUCCGGGUGAUGUACACCGACCGGCCACUAAACCAGACAGACCCAACCACACUGCGGUACUGCUGCCUGACAGAGGACUUCAGAGCCUUCCGCCUGCCCACAAAGGCGGAGCUGGCAGGGCACCGUGUGGUGGUCACCACCACCUCACAGGCCCGUGAGCUCCGGGUGCCUACUGGCUUCUUCUCCCACAUCCUCAUCGAUGAGGCUGCCCAGAUGCUGGAGUGUGAGGCCCUCACGCCGCUGGCCUAUGCCUCACCGCACACCCAUGUGGUGCUGGCAGGGGACCACUUGCAGGUCACCCCUAGGCUCUUCAGUGUGCCCAGGGCCAAGUCUGCCAAGCACACCCUGCUGUACCGCCUCUUCCUUCACUACCAGCAGGAGGCACACGAGGUCGCUCGGCAGAGCCGCAUCAUCUUUCACGAGAACUACCGCUCCACAGCCGCCAUCAUUGGCUUCAUCUCUCGCCACUUCUACGUGGCCAAGGGCAACCCCAUCCAGGCCAGUGGCAAGGUCCCACCCCACCCCCGACAGUACCCACUCAUGUUCUGCCACGUGGCAGGCACUCCCGAGCAGGACAUGUCCAUGGCAUCCUGGCUGAACCCAGCGGAGGUCACACAGGUGGUGGAGAAGGUACAGGAGGUCUACAACACCUGGCCCCACUGCUGGGGUGUUCGGGAGCAGAAGAGCAUCUGUGCUGUCUCGCAUGGUGCUCAGGUCAGUGCACUGAGGCAGGAGCUGAGGAGGAGGAACCUGAGUGAGGUGUCUGUGGGCAACUUUGAGAUUCUGCCAGGGCGGGAGUUCCGGGUAGUGGUGCUGAGCACUGUCCACAACCGCCACAGCCUACUCAGCCCUGGGGCGCCCACCUUGGAGUUCUUCACCGAUGCUCGUGUGCUGAACACAGUCAUGACCCGAGCGCAGUCCCAGCUGGUGGCUGUAGGUGAUGCCAUGGCCCUUUGCUCUUUUGGGGCCUGCAGCAAGCUCUGGAAGAGCUUCAUCCAUGAGUGCAUGGAGCACCGCAGUAUCUUCCCCGAGGGCUUGUCCUUGGCGCAGAUCGAGCAGGGUGUGGCCCAGAGGCAGCACUGGGACCCCGUGGCACUCAGAGCAGAGAGAACUUGGGCAUCAGUAGCCAGGGACGCUAGCCUGGAUAGGGCAGCCAGGGGCCCAGCCACAGAGCACACAGCCACGAACAGUAAGGCCACAGUAAUGACAAAGGCAGGGGACACAGCUGUUGAGGGUCCAAACUCAAGGGAAGCAGCCACGACACAGAUGAAGCCAGCACCAGGAGGGUACGCAGCCAAGGGGGGCCCAGCAGCAAGGCCAACUGCCCCGGAGGGCGGAGCAUCUGAGGACGCUGAGGACUCAGAGUCUGACUUCUGGCCCUUUGACUGUGAGCUCAAUGCUGAUGAUGCCAUCCUGCAGGAGCUCCUGGAUGAGAGCCGGCAGGUGAUGGUGACUGUUGGGGAGGAUGGGCUCUUGGACACCAUGGCCAGACCUGCAUCCCCACGGCAGGCCCGGCAGUACAAGAACCUGCCCUUGGCCACGCUGAGGAAGCUGAUGCGCUCAGAGCCUCAGCUAUAUCGCCGUUGCACCUUCCUGAAGGAGACCUUUGAGCGGGCAUCAGCUGUUCCACUGGACGAGGUGGCCUCUAGCCCCAUCCAGAUCAGGGGCCGCUUGAACUGUGGGAUGGCCUUCACCGGGGAUGAGGUGCUGGUGCAGCUCCUGGGCCAGUUGGCUGGUGAGAGUGGUGCCCCGGGGAGGCUCCAGGGCCGCGUGGUGGGUGUGCUAAAGAGGAAGAGAGAUGAGCUGGCAUUUGUGUGCCGGAUGGAUGAGUGGGAUCCCCGCAUCAUGAUCCCCAUCAACAGCUCUGUGACCAAGAUCUUCGUGGCUGAUCUGAAGAACCCACUGCAGGUUCCCAUCCACCGUCUGCUCCAGGGCCAGGUGCAGUGUGUGGGGCACAGGCGCCUCACUGCUGAGGGCAGGCGUACACAGCUCUUCUGGGUCCGCAUCAUCCUGUGGAGGGAGCGUUUCUACUACCCCCUGGGCAUCAUCCUGGAGGUGCUUCCUGAGGCCACCAGUUGGGAGCAGGGCCUCCACAUCCUUGGCCUGGAGCAUGGCUUGCGAACCUCCUCGCCGGACUCGGCCUCCGUCUCGAAGGCACUGCAGAAAUACCAUGCAGAACUCAGUCCAGCUGCUGGCCACCGAGAGGAUUGCCGCAGUUUCCUGACCUUCACUGUGGACCCUCAGGGUGCUUGCAACCUGGACGAUGCCCUCAGUGUCCGGGACCUGGGUCCCAGGUGUGAGGUGGCUGUGCACAUUGCUGAUGUGGCCAGUGUUGUGCCCAGGGAUGGGGUGCUGGACGUGGAGGCCCGCAGGCAGGGUGCUGUGUUCUACGCCCCUGACAGGGAGCCAGUGUCCAUGCUGCCAGCCAGCCUGUGCCAAGAUGUGCUCAGCCUCCUGCCGGGCAAGGACCGCCUGGCCAUCUCUCUCUUCCUCACCCUGGACAAGGGCAGCGGCCAGCUCAGAGGCCUGCGCUUUGCACCCACUGUCAUCUGCUCUAACCGGCAGCUAUCCUAUGAAGAGGCCGAGGUGCUGAUCAGGGAGCACCAGGGUGCUGGUAUGCAGCUGCCGGCUUGCCUGGACUCCAUGGAGGCCUGUGUGGUGGCUGCCUGCUAUUUCUCCCGGGUGCUGCGCCGGUGUCGCCUGCAAGCCACCUGCCACUAUGAGCCCCCUGACGAGGACAGCACCCUAGGCUUCCGUGCAGCCCACAUCAUGGUGCAAGAGUACAUGAUUCAGUUCAACAGCCUGGUGGCCAAGUUCUUGGUGGGCAGCAAGCACACACAGGCGCUCACACCCCUGAGAUGGCAGCCCAAGCCCCUGAUGGCCCAGCUCGAAGCUGUAUCCGAGAGGCACAGAGAGCUGGUACCUUUGUCACUGCACCUCCGCCACCACCUGCACAGCCAUAGCAGCCCCAAAACACAACUGUACCUCCUGUCCUCCCUCUGGAAGCACGUCCAACUUGCUGCCCACAGCCGGGAUUAUGGCCAGAUGGUAGAUCUCAUCACCACUGAUGACAUGCACCCCUCCCUGGCUCCUGCAUGCCUGGACCUGCGCAAGGCCCUGGGCCGCUCCUUUUUUGGCCGCUCCAGCCAGAGCGAACAGCAGCUGACUGGCCACUACGCAUUGCGGGUGGACUGGUACACAUGGGCCACUUCGCCCAUCCGCAGGUACCUCGAUGUGGUGUUGCAGCGGCUGAUCCUGCUGGCGCUGGGCCAAGGAGGUUCCAUGUACUCCUCCAGGGACAUCGACCGAAUCUGCCAGGACUUUGCCCGUCAGCAUGCAUGUGCCCAGAGCUACCAGCGACGGGCCUGCAGCCUGCACCUGGCCACUCACCUCAAGGCCCAGCCUCAAGAAAAGCUGGGCUUUGUAGUGAAUGUGGAGCCCGGCACUCGCUGCUUCAAGCUCCUCUUCCCUGCCAACCGAGAGACCCUGCCCGACCCAUGCCCUGUCCACUAUCACUCCCUGCAGCUAGCUGAGCACCCUCAUGACCUUACAAGCCAGAGGGGCCUAAAACUUGUAUGGCGGCGCCGCGUCUACUCUGUGCAGGAGUCCAAGCUGCCCUCUCCACUGCCUGGCACCCUGUUUGACCCACAUGUCUGGGCCAUCAACACAACCCUGUGGAAGCAGCUGCUGGUCCUGGUGGAAGAGGAGCGCUGGCUGGAGGCAGCCACCCUCAUCCAGGAACAAAAUGGGAGUGAGUGUCAGAGGCGGCAGCUGGUGCAGGUGCACCGGAGCCACUGCGGCCACUUCCUGGAGGUGAUCCGGGAGCUGCGCAGUGGGGAUACUCUGCAGGUCCAGUUCUGUGCCAGCAUGCAGCGAGGCUUCCUGGUCCCAACCCUGCAGCUGUGGACCGUGGCGCCUGGCCUUAGUCUCUGCCUGGAGCAUGUAGAGCACCCAGUCAGAUGCUUCUCGUGUCAUGCAGAGCAGGCCUCGCGGGACCGGUACUGUGACGUGGAAGAGUACCUGUUCAUAUGGGGGCCCCUCUGUGCCCAGGAGUCAGUCACCACUGCUGUUGCUGAGAAUGACUCCAUCGUGCUGCAGCACGUGUGCAUUUCCUGGAGUGCAGAGUGGACACAGCAGGGGCAGCUCCAGGGUGCCUUCCACCUGGACCCUGACUUCCUCCAGGAGAACUGCACUGACAUCGACUUCAGCUGCUGCUACCUCUGCAUCCGGCUUGAGGGGCUUCCAGUGCCACCAGCCAGCCCACCCCCUGGGCCCAGCAGCCUCGGCCCCCUCCUGAGCAUCGAUCCUGACACGUAUGCCUGGGUGGCCCACGGGCUCACAGACAGGCGUGGCCAGGAGGACCAGGCAGACCAGCAGGAGGCCCCCAAUGGGGUGCGCUUCUUCAUCCACCACAUGGCCAUGGAGAAAGUUCCAGAAAGUGUGCUGAGGCCCAGCUCCCGGUUCACAGUGGAGGUGCUGCUCAAGCAGCUUCCUGACCUCCGCAAGGAGGCAGCUGUGCAGAGGCUGAAGGAGGCAUCCCCGCUGGUCGUCAGCAUUGCCCUCGGCCGGCCCAUCCCGCAGCCCCGGGCCCCCUCUCACCAGCAGCCCCACCACGGGGGGACAGCUAACAGGUUCCUGAAGCAACAGGCCUUUGACAUCCGUGGGGGCCACCACAAGCUGAAUGCCAGCCAGAACAGGGCCAUCAGACAGGCUCUGGAGAAGCCGUUCACAGUCAUCCAGGGUCCACCAGGUACAGGGAAGACAUUUGUGGGCCUCCACAUCAUCUUCUGGUUCCACAAGUCAAACCAGGAGCAAGUACCAAUCAGAAGCCUCGACACAGAGCAGCCAUGGGGGGGCCCGUGCAUCUUAUACUGUGGCCCCUCCAACAAGUCUGUGGACGUCCUGGCAGGAAUGCUCCUGAGUUGGAGGGCAGAACUGAAGCCCCUGCGUGUGUACAGUGAGCAGUGUGAGGCCACCGAGUUCCCAGUGCCGGGUGUGGGCAGCAGGGCCCUGCACAACACCCCCCGGGAGGGGAGGCCAAACCAGACCCUCAGGAGCAUCUCCCUGCACCACCGCAUCCGACAGGCCCCCAACCCAUUUGCGCCAAAGGUCAGAGAGUUUGAUGCCCGGGUGAGCAGAGGGGAAGUCUUCUCCAGGGAGGACCUCGCCUCGUACAGGAGGGUCAUGUGGGAGGCGCGGAAGUUUGAGCUGGCUCGGCACUCUGUCAUCCUGUGCACCUGCUGCUGUGCAGCCUCCCCCUGCCUCCAAACCCUCAAUGUCCGGCAGAUCCUCGUGGAUGAGGCCGCCAUGGCCACCGAGCCCGAGACCCUCAUUCCUCUAGUGCACUUUUCAGAGGCCGAGAAGGUGGUUCUCCUGGGGGACCACAAGCAGCUGCGGCCUGUGGUCAAGAAUGAGCAGGUGCGAAACCUGGGAAUGGAGAAGUCCCUCUUCGAGCGCUAUCACAGGGACUCCUACAUGCUGGACACCCAGUACCGGAUGCAUGAGGUCAUCUGCACCUUCCCCUCCGUGGAGUUCUAUGGCGGGAAGCUGAAGACCUGGCAGCACCUGUGGCGGCCACCUAGCAUCCUGGGCCAUGCGGACAAGGACAGCUGCCCUGUCAUCUUCGGCUAUGUGCAGGGCCACGAACAGAGACUGCUGGUGACCACAGAGGAAGGGAAUGAGAAUUCCAGGGCCAACCUGGUGGAGGUGGCAGAAGUGGCUCCUAUGUCCUGCUCCCCCUGCCACUUCAUUCCCCAGAUCCGCAUCACCAAGCAGCUGACACUGGACCCGACAGUGGACCCCAAAGACAUCGCCAUCCUCACACCCUAUAAUGCACAGGCUGCAGCCAUCAACAAGGGCCUUAUGCGGGAGGGUGUCAGUGGAGUGACUGUGUCCUCCAUCACCAAGAGCCAAGGAAGCGAAUGGCGCUAUGUGCUGGUAAGCACUGUCCGCACAUGCCCCAGGAGUGACGUGGACCAGCGGCCGACCAAGAGCUGGCUCAGGAAGUUCCUGGGCUUUGUCGUGGACCCCAACCAAGUGAACGUAGCCAUCACCCGGGCCCAGGAGGGGCUCUGCCUGAUUGGAGACCAUGUCCUGCUGAGCUGCUGCCCUCUCUGGCGCCGUCUCCUGGACUUCUGCAAGGGCCAGCAGAGCUUUGUGCCGGCCAACAAGGUGCGGGUCCGCAGGAGGCCUGCGGUGUCACUGUGAAGAGCCCCUGCAGCCCAGCCCCUGAGGGCCAGAAGCAUGGGCCUGCGGCAGGCAGCAGACUGGGAUGACAGGAAGCAAGCCCCACGUGAUCUUCCUGUUUGUGCCUGAACUUGGGAGGAGGAAGAAAGGGCGGAACCCGGCCUGCUUACUCUGCUUUGCUGCUCUUCACAGGACAGCCCCCAAAACCUGGGCUUCAGGCAGGUCCUCUCCCUGGAGGAAAGGCUCUUCCCCUUCCCUCAUUGUUCUCUGUCCCGCUGGGGCAGGAAAGGCAGAGCCAUGCCAGAUGCCAGCACCAGUAUGGCCUGGCCUCCUACUGGGAUGAGAAGAGCUGCCUGCCGGAUACUCCUGGGUGCCAGCCACAAGGUGCCCCAACCCCACCAGGCUGUGCUUCUGCUCUGAGCCGUGUGUGCCCCUUGCCCAGGGUCUUUGGGACCAACACAGUCAUAGGCCACCACAGGGACACAGGACAGGCAAAACUGGGCCUUUAACUGCUACUCCCUAUCAACACGAUUAGUACUUUCUUCUGAGGUAGUCAGGAACUUAAAAGCAGUUGUCAACUACGAGCGUGGGUCCUUGCCUUAGUGAUAAUGGAAGUUAAAGCUGAAGCAGGAAUUACAGGAAAAGGCUAUAAUUAGGAGAAAAUAAGGAGUGCAGCUCUGAUAAAGAUCAAGCCAGUCCCUUAGAAAGGAAGGAGCAGGUAGGGAAAGGGCCCCGGAGGAGGGGCAACCUGGUGCAGAGGCCCAGACCGGCCACCCAGGAAGCACCGGCCAUCUCUGCAGGACCAGCUGAGGUGGGCUGGGCUCUGACAGGUCCCUGUCUCAAUUCUGGCUUCCAGCUCUGCAGGAACCCUCUUGGCUCGAGGGCUGAUUCCACCCUGUAAAGUGAUUAUCUCUGCAGUAGUUUUGGUCAUGUGAGGCCCUCCCUAUUCAGCCUGGUACCCAGGUCACUCUCGUUCAAGAUGAUGGCUGGAGAUUGCAGUCGUCGCUCCGGGGAAGGGUCUGGAGCUGGACAGCAUAAGGCUGGGAAUUGGACGUCCUUCUGAAUCUUGAGAAGUACUUUAGUUACUCUUGGUGUCUUCUACUUUGAAAGGGGAUAAGAUAGGCUAAGUAAACUUAAGGCUAAUCAACUUCGUAGACUUAAAAAAAAAUGGUGGCCAGGCAUGGUGGCACACACCUGUAAUUCCAGCACUCGGGAGGCUGAGGCAAGAG